AUAGAGAUCCAUAGCAAUACCAUCGUAAGAGCUCGCUUUCUGAAUACAUAUUCCCCCUUUUUCAUUUAUGUUUAACAGUUUUUUCGUUUUAUUAUCUCAUCUGCCUUUAAUGUUGCUAUCUAUGGCUUGAAUAGGGAGAGUCCCAUUUUUACCGUGGACAAAAUUGAAGAAUUUUGCAUUAAGAAUCACUUAAAAUCUGUAGAAAAUUAUAAUCUGGGUUACAUAUAAGUUGAUUUCUCCUUUCAAUCUUUCCUGUGAGUAUAAGUUUCAAUAAUUAAGAAAGGGGUUUUUUGACUGAACAUAUAUAGGACAUGAUUGUGGCUGCAUGAAGAAAUAUAAUGGGGGGAGUCAUCAGUAAUGCUGCAAAUGGUAUAGGAAAUGCUCUUGGAAAUCUGUUCACUGCCCCAUUUAAGACCAUCUUCGGUGCAUCAUGCCAAGACGUCUGUUCGGGACCAUGGGAUGUAAUCUGUUUCAUUGAGCAUUUGUGCGUCGCCAACCUGGUGAAGCUGUUCUUGAUUUUGGGUCUUUGCUUCCUAAUUUUGAUGUUCUUCUACCUAUUAUUCAAAUUGGGCAUCUGCCAAUGUAUAGUAAAAGGCCUCUUUAAGGUGUGCUGGGCUGGAUGUGAGACAUACUGGUUUACUCUAAAAGAUAUUACGUGUUUCUUGUGGUACAAGUUAAAGAACACUAAGCGGGUAAACCGCCGGCGGAGGAGGCGGCCGUUCAGGGAUAUUGAGGUAGGCUACUACAGUUCCAGCAAUGAAAGUGAUUGUUCAGAUAAUUAUCAUCUUAGUGUGAGCAGAAAGAGAAACAGAGCAAGGAAAAGGCAUCAGUGGAGAAGUAGUAGCCACCAUAAGCAUCAUGUAAAGUUGAAAACCAGGGAAGUGUCAAUGCAUCUAAAAAGCGGUUCAAGAAGAUUGAGAAAUUCUCAACGCCUUAGAAUAACCAAAUUUAGAAAUCCAACAAGAGAAAUGAGAGUAGCCAAGAGGAGGAGAAUCAGGCGAUGACAUUGAUGCCCACUAAUGUACUUCUACAAUAACUUAGAAAAUUUCAAUUUAUGUUUGUCAAGGAAAACCCAAAUGAAGAAAUGGAUUUCUAUAUAUUUUUCAUGAUGAACAGGCUAUUCCACUUUUUGCAAGGGAUGGAUUUUUUUUUUCCCUGUUUGGUGUUAGUUAAGAAACAUCAUAUUAGACAAAGUGAAUCAGCCUUGUGUUUUAAGAGUUUAAAAUAAACACAAAAGAUAUUAUUAAUAAAGUGGAUUAUUGGAU